GUUGGCUCCACACGCCGAAGCUCAAAACUCGGUCAGCAUCGUCCUCGGCAGGUUUCAGUCUCUGUGGGAGGACAACAAGAAAGUUUUUUUUUUUCUUUUUUAAAAAAAACAAAACUUUUUUUCAAUUUUCAUUUUCAAUAACAAUGACGUUCAGGAGGCUGAAGAAGGUGAACUCCAGCGCACCGGAGAACGGACCAACAUCUCAAGACGAGAUUUAUUUCCCUUCUUCCAAGUCGGACAGCUGCAGGACUAUGGACUUACCGACAAACCCCUCCUUGGAGGUUUACAACUACAAGACCCUGGCUUACUCUGGGGGGACGCUGCCCAGAAACUACAAAAAGGGUGGCGGCUUACAAAAGUGGAAACCCCUAACGCAGACGCCAGAACCACAAAGGAAGGUGGUGGUCCUGGAGAAGAAAGAAGAGGAGGCAUUUGGUUUUGAGAUUCAGACUUACGGCCUUCACCAUCAGGACCAAAACUCUGUAGAGAUGUGUACAUUUGUGUGUAAGGUCCACAACGACAGCCCGGCCCAGCAAGCAGGACUUAAAGUUGGGGAUACAAUUGCAAGUGUGAACGAGACCACCGUGGAGGGGUUUCGACACAAGGAGAUCGUUCAGCUCAUCAGGGCCAGCGGCAACACAAUCAGGCUGGAGACGGUUUACAGUGACUCAAUUCGAAAAGCUGAACUGGAAGCCCGGCUGCAGUAUCUAAAGCAAACCCUCCAUGAGAAAUGGGAUGAAUAUCGUUCACUGAUGGUGCAGGAGCAGCGGCUUGUUCAUGGUAUAGUAAUGAGUGACGCCACCGUGUACGAGUCCCUGGAGUCGGCCGGUGUGUACGGCAGCCUCGGUGCUCCAAGCCCUGCGCUUCAGAGAGCCCUCCACUGCACCGGCAGCACCAGCAGCAGCGCCAGUUUUCUCAGCACGGCCACCGAAGACGACCCUCUCUACCAAACCUGCAUAUACCAAGCAGAUGGCAGCGUGGACUCUGUCGACGCGGAAAAAAAGAGAGAACAGCAAUCGAAGCAGCAGCGUCUGCGGCCGACCAGCGAGUUCUUUUCAACACCCAAGACGCAGCUGACCCGCAGUGCCAGCACUCGCAGCUACGUGAAGGGAUCUUCGUCUUCAUUGUCGUCCGGCCCGGGGGAGAAGCAAGGAGGUUUCAACACAGUGCAGAGGAAGCCCAAACAGAAAAGCUUCCGCAGGCGCCUCCUCAAAUUCAUCCCCGGCUUGAACCGACCGCUGGAGGAGGAGGAGAGCAAACUGUGAGCAGCAAACGGAGCUGUUUACAGAGAACAGAACUAAAGACUUAAAGUAACAGUGACUGCCAAACUAAACUGCCAAAGAAAACAGCAAGCAGCCCCAAAGAGUGAAGAAUUUGAGACCAAAGUGUAUUGGCUCUGUAGUUGCACCUCUCCCUGUUUAAAUGGAUAAACCAAUUGACAUUUGGGCUACAUCCAGUAGCUUUCAGUGUUUUCUGGCUGUACAUAAGUUUUGUUUCUGUUUGUUCUAAGUUAUUUAUUUAUUUUUGCAUGUUCAGUUUAUGUACAGAAUGAAGUGUGUUUCAGUCUGUACUGCAUGCACAACUUUCAUUUUGACAGCUGAAUAAAACAAUGAUAAUUGUGCAGCAAAACAUUUUGUAAGAAACAAGUUCGAUAACGACUUUAGAUGACUCAGGCUGAUCAUGUUUUGUUUUCUUCACCCGAAGUCACGGUUCCCAAAAAUAAAAAAACCUGUGGCUGAUGAUUA